AUGAAGACUCUGGUAAACACAGCUGCUGUCAUUCACGCCGUGCGCCGGAGGGGAUCUCAUGCCAGGAGUGAAAAUUCUGACUAUACCGAGAAGGAAAAGGAGAUGAUGGCAGAAGUCGAGUUAAGGAAACUGCAGCAACAGUUUCGGAUCAUGGUGGAAAAACGCAAGACUCUUGCUCUCAAAACACAGCAACAAUUGUUCCAUCAGGACAAAAACAUCCAUGCUUUGAAACAGGAACACAACGAGAUUAAUUUACUCCUCAGUCUCACCAAAACACCCCGGAACAUUUUCAUGGAUGACCGGAACUGCAUGGAGCUCAGAUUCCUUUUGCAGACCAAAGACGAGUACGAUGCUCUCAUCAGAGCCACCAAGGGUUUGAUUGCAGAACUUGAUGACAAGAUAGAGGACUUGGAAAAAAAGAUUAAAACACAGAAAAUCCUUAUAAUCAAGCUGAGGCAGGAGCACGAUGGGAAGUGGCUCCAGAAGCAAAUCCAGCUGCUGGAUAACCGGCUCAAUCAUGCCACGGUACAUUUUGACAUCAUCUUGACCACAAAUGCCAAGCUCCGUGAAGAAAUAGAGAACCUGCAGUGUCAGAAGUCGAUCUUCGAGGGCAUCUACUCACGGCUCCACAAGAAGCUUGAGCAGCAAAAAAGGACCAUGGACAGAUCCAUUGAGCAGUCAACACAAGCCUAUGAACAAAGGGUUGAAGCCUUGGCAAGAAUCUCUGCCAUGAAGGAACGGCGGUUCAAGGAUAUUGCCCAGUUCAAUAUUGAGUUCCGGGAGCUGGAGCGAGUCUAUAACCAUGAGACCAAGCUGAAGGCAUUUAUGUUCAUCAAACUGGUGGACCGCUCGGAAUUUGAGGAGCAGGCCAAAAAGGAAGAAGCGCACAAGGCAAAGAAGCGGGCUAAGUCCAAAGGGGAGAGCUUUGAGAGCUAUGAGGCGGCCUACACGCGGCUGCUGAAACUGACGGAAAAUGGUGACAUUGACCAGCUGGUGGAGGACUUCAUUGAGAAGGAGGAGAAGAACUUCGCUUACUUCAGCUAUGUCACCGAACUGAAUGAUGACAUGGAAAGGCUACAGAAGAGGAUUGAAGUCGUCCAGAAUGAAAUCAGCCAGCUGAAAUCCCAGCAGAAGGCAGCCGAAGAUAUAAUUCAUGGCAAUCUGAAGGAAAUGGAGGAGACGCUGCAGAAGACCACUGAAGAGGCCAAUCAGUAUGCUUACAAGCUGAAGGAGAGCAGCAAAAUCUUGGACCACCUGAAAUCAGCAGUGGAUUUCCUGUUCAAGCAGAUAGGCUGCAAUGCUACCAAGAUUAGAGAGCAUCUGGGAGAGACUGGGGAGAUCACGGAUCAGAAUGUGAUGCAGUAUUUCAGCAUUUUAGAAAAGAAGAGCAACGACCUUUUGCUGAUUGAAUCCUUCUUGCGCUACAGGGAAGUUGAAGGGGAGCUGGACUCUGUCCCUAUGCUGAAUCCCUUUUUGGGUGGGACUGCUCUCCUAAGGAAAAUGGACACCGUUAAAAUAUCCCCCCCCACUCUCAGCGUGGAUCCCUUUGCAGACAUGUUAGAGCCUUUGGAAGGUCCACUAGACCACAAAAACCUGCGUGCCAUGAUCUUAGAGAAUCAGGAGAAGGAGAAGGAAAAAUCCAGGAGUUCAGUCGCAGAAAGAUUAGAUAGCAGCAGAGAUAAAAAGAAAUUGUCACCAGUAUAGAAGCUGAGAUGGAAAUGCGUGGCAGCAUGAGGAACCGUCUUUUUACAUCAUCUUCAUUCAUAUACUUAGAUUUGUAUAUCUAUUUUUAUACACACACACACACACACAGAGUACA